AUGGUUCCAGACAUAACCAAAGGUCCCCUGGCAGAGAGGAGCUCACCAGGACUCUCCAUUUUUCACUUACUCUCCGUCUACGGAGUCAUUUUUGACACCACUGAAGAGGGGAUGGAUUUAAAAAUUACGAGCCACAUUUCUUCUCUUUGGCAAAAGGGACACGCUUCAAAACCUAUCCCUCUUCACGGCCUGAGAGCCCGCAGCUGGACGGCGCUCCUGGUCGUCUGGGUCGUGGCGUUGGUCGUGGCCGAGGGCCCCGAGCAGGCCCUGGUGCCGGCGGAACCGAGCCGGGUACAACCCAUGACCGCUUCCAAUUGGACGCUGGUGAUGGAGGGCGAGUGGAUGCUGAAAUUUUAUGCCCCGUGGUGUCCAUCAUGUCAGCAGACUGAUUCUGAAUGGGAGACCUUUGCAAAGAACGGUGAAACUCUUCAGAUCAGUGUGGGGAAGGUGGAUGUCAUUCAAGAACCAGGUUUGAGUGGCCGUUUCUUUGUCACCACUCUCCCAGCCUUUUUUCAUGCAAAAGAUGGGAUAUUCCGCCGUUACCGAGGCCCAGGAAUCUUUGAAGAUCUCCAGAAUUACAUCUUAGAAAAGAAGUGGCAGUCAGUUGAGCCUCUGACUGGCUGGAAGUCCCCAGCUUCUCUAACGAUGUCUGGAAUGGCUGGUCUUUUUAGCAUCUCUGGCAAGAUUUGGCAUCUUCACAACUAUUUCACAGUGACCCUUGGAAUUCCUGCUUGGUGUUCUUACAUCUUUUUCAUCGUUGCUACUUUGGUUUUUGGCCUUUUCAUGGGUCUGGUUUUGGUGAUAAUAUCCGAAUGCUUCUAUGCACCACAUCCAAGGAAUUUAUCUGAACAUUCUGAGCAAAAUCAGAGAUCAGAGGAGGCUCAGGGAGCUGAACAUUUGCAGGAUGCAGAAGAGGAAAAAGAUGAUUCCAAUGAAGAAGAAAAUAAGGACAGCCUUUUAGAUGAUGAAGAGGAGAAAGAAGACCUUGGUGACGAGGAUGAAGCAGAGGAGGAAGAGGAAGUGGACAACGUGGCUGGUGGUGUGGAUGAGGAGAGGAGUGAUGCCAAUGACCAGGGGCUUCUGACAGAGGCCAUUGUGGUUCAGGAGAAAGUUGAACCUGAGGAGACUAAAGGAGACACCACUGAGCAUCCCUCAGCUGACACAGAGGUGGCAGAAGACUCACUGAGACAGCGCAAGAGUCAGCAUGCCAAUAAGGGACUGUAGAUUUCAUGACAGUUCCCUCUGGUCUGCAGUUUAAACCAAAUCCUUAACUUUUCCCUGAAUGAGCAAGCUUCUCUCUUAAAAGUGGUCAUAUGGUUGCAUGGCAGUAAGCUUCAUGUAUUCUGUCUUAAGAAUCUUUCAGGCAUGACAGUAAGGAGACAGAAAGCCAGUGGUGUUAGGAUCUGUUUGGGAACUUGGGAAAGGAGUAAGUUAAUUUACUUGGCUAGAAAGUCUUAACCAGAAGAGGCAACUCCUUCCCUCAUUAGCACUUUCUAGGCAUGAGGCUGCAGGCCCCCAGAAUGAAAGCAAACCAGCCUUCACUCAGCAUCUUUGAAGUGCAGCAGAGGUCUUCCUUUCCUUCUGUGUUGUAGGUAUUCGUUUUUGUUAAACUGUACAAAUGCCAGGUGCCACUGUGAGUGGACACUUUAAAGGAGAGGGACCUGGAUAUAAUUUUAGGAAAGCGCUUGGAAGUCACUCAAGCCCUUGAAAUCUUUGUUAUAUUUUAUUUCUUACUUGUAUUUCUUACCUGUAUUUCUCCAAGUUCUUUACUAUGGCCUCCUCCAAAAUCUUACAGUCUUCACAAUUAUUCCUUAAUGAGAAGACUCAGACAGCAACUGGGUUAAAGCUACUACAUUUAUUCUGGCUUAAAGGUUUAGAUAAUCCAUAACCAAAGUCCAUGAAGCUGACUGCCAAGUAUCUCGAAUGAAAUGGUGUAACCUUCGGAGAUUUGGGAAGAAGUAAGGAUUCUACAGAACAGAUUAAAAAAAAAUUUUGGCCAACAUGCAGUAGUUUUUUUUCUUUCACAAUUUUUCUUUAACACUUUUUAAGCCGGAAGUGCUCUAAGUUUUGACAGUACAAGGUAGUCUUAUGAAGAAAACUUGAAUUCUCUGUUGUUUUGUUUUUGUCUCAAGGAGUUCCCUGGCUCUUGAAUCACUUUAAUAACUGCAAAACCAUUUCUGGUUUUCCUUCAGUGGUGUGCUUUUGGUGAAAAAAUUAAUGCAAGUCAAUACCGGGAAGUGAAAGAUUUGAUUUUGUUUCCUUUUUCCUUAAUCUUCUAGAAAAUUGUAUCUUUGUAAAUCUCUCAUUAUUGAAUCUACUGUAAGUACCCAGGGAGCCAAAUUUCUUUUACAAAUCCAUCCAUCUACUUCUCUCAUACCUGAUUUAUGUCUUAGAAUAAAUUCAUAAAAUUAGAUUCCAAACUUAUGAAAGAUGCCUGAAGUCAAUCCUACACCCCUUGGAUCCAGACAGAAAAAUGAGUACAGGUUUAUGAAAUUCAAGAAGUUUCUGUCAUCAUUAAAAAGGAUCAUGUAAUGUAUUUCUGUCUGGACACGCUGCAAAAAUGGGGCUCACUCAUGAGUGGGGUUCUGAAGCUCUCUGCCCUUUGCUAAGCUGCUACAAAGCUCGCACAAUGGAGCUUCUUAUUCUGACAAUCAAAUUUUAGAGACUAUGGUUAUUUUUCAUCUUUCCAACCAGUUAACAGUCUCCUCCUCUAGCACAGUGAAGACGAAGCUUUGGAGCUGCCAGGAACGUGCUCAUAAAUGGCACUAGUGGACUACAAGAGCCUUGACAUGCCCGUAUCUUCCCUUCCUUGUGUUCCUGCCCUCUACUUCCUUACCCAAAGUGCCAUAUAGGCUUUUCUGGAUCAGUUGAGCUGCACUUGCCUCUCAUAACUACAAUUCUUUCUGUCACAACCAACUGAAAUAAAGUUUUAAAAGAAUAAUGAGUUCAAGUUCAGGGUUAGAGAAUAUUGAUUCAUAUUUUGGCUUUUUCAUAUAAUGCCCCAUCCCCAAGUUUAAGUUUUUUAGUGGAAAAUUUGACUAGAGGGAAGGCAUGAAGAAAUAUAAUCUACCCUGUUGCUUAUACACACAAGGCCAGUUUCCAGUUGUCUUCUAAAUAGUACCUAAUUCUAUAAAAACAAUAACAAAAACGGAUUUGCAGUACUUCACAAAGUUGGAAAGUGAGGAUAAGGACUUAUUCGAGAAGACGAUUCAGUAAAAGUUUAUCUGUCCAUAGGAACCAUUUUUCCUUUAUUGACAUCCUGGUAAAAAGAUGGAUUUUCAGUCAAAUGGCCUAAGUACACACAUAAUUUAAUUUCUCUCCAAUUGAAGCCUUUGUUUUCAAUACUUUAUGAAUAUAAAACUAAAUGAAAAUAUCAACCUAAAAUAAUUAAACAAAAUUGACUCAGCAUUUCAGUAGGACAGCAUUUAAGUGGGACAUUGGGCUUUUUCCUGUUGGUAAUAAGUUUAGGAAUCAAGUGCAUGGAAACAUGAUUUUGCUUUAAAACAAUAGCCAUGCUUCCUUCUGUUGCAUCAUCAGUCAUUUAAUUAUGGAAUAGUAUUUUAUGUAAAUUAAAAUUGGAUGAAAUAAAAGUAAUGAUUGUGAAAUGGCAGUGCACAGCACUUUAUGUGCAGGUAGUUGGAGCAGGAUGACAUCAUAAAUGGGAAGUAGUAUCAGAAAUUACCUUUUUGUUCAUAUCUUUUGUUACUGCUCUCUUGAUAGAUCUAUAACCAAGCCAGUGUGCUUGGAGAUCUCGUACUGCAGCAAGGCAUAGGGAGUUCCUCUUCCUUUCCCUUGGAGGUAUAAUCUUUGAAUGGGUAAGGACAGGGCAUAUUCAGUUCACUGACUGUGCGCUGCAUAGCUGCACUCACAGCCUCUUGUGAGUACGAUGUCUGUCAGCCAAAAAUAACCACUGGAGCAGAAAGUAAACAAGGGUGGCCAGAUUGACUUUUAGGUGAAGAAAGCCAGUUUGACUUUUUAUGGCCAAAUUCCUUGUAAGGUCAGAUGUUGCUACAUAAUUUGAGUAUAUGUUAGUCUGCAGAACUGAUCCUGUGACAUCUUUGGGGUAGAUGAUUAAAAUAUGCUAUUUAAAGGGAGACUUACAUAUGACUAUUAGUAAGUUCUUCAGGUAUGAUGCUGGUACAGUAUCUUGCUUUGUAGGAUGGGAAGUAUUCGGGGGAUAAAAAGGUUGAAAAGGGUAAAGAAAUUUCAGCAUGUGGUCUUUGAAGUGAAGUGGUAUGUAUCGCUACUCUAUUUCAUCUCUACUACAGUGUUUCUUCUGCCAAUAUUAUAGAAGUGUGGUAGACCCAUUCUGUUAAAAAUAACAUUUUGGAGAGUAUUCAUGUAAAUCUUUUGUGACAACAAAACAGUUCCUCCUUAUGUAGUAUCUUUACCUCAGUUUUAUAUUUUGAUCCUCUUGAGAAGCUUAUAGCUUGUCUUGCAGUAGCCAAAUAAUGGGGUCAUCAAGUCUGAUAAACAUGCCAGGGCAGUUUUUUGAACAGCUAUUCCAAAGUAGGUGGUUCCAUUUUUCAAUGGAGCCUUUGAUAACUUCUGCCGGGGAUGUGGCCUUCAGGUGAUAUAUUAUUCUCAGCCAAGUUUUAUGUAGACUGUGACAUUGUAUAUAUGUUACUUGUACAACUUUGACAUGUUUUUGUGUAAUUGUUUGUUGCCUGGUCAGCUUCUUCGUGGAAAUGCAAUUUUUAUACUAAAGACAUUGUUUGUACUAUAAUACAUUAUGCUUGUUAUUUAUAUUCGUAAUAGUCUCGAUUAUUUAGCCCAGUGCAUUAAAUUAUUUUCUGUGUAUUCCUUGCUUCCUCAAAUAGCAUAUGCAGCAACAGAAAUGAGAAAUCAAGAUACUGUUUUAAGCAGGACAUUACCUGAAUUACAGAUCAUCUGAUCACAGAAUUGUACAUAAUUCUCAUUCCCAUAUGGUUUCAUUUCAUUGUAAAUUUCCAUUUUCAUCAAAACAUGAUAGUAAUGACUAAAAACAAAAUAAUGUAUUGCUUUUCAUAUAAGUAUUUUCACAAAAACCAUUUGUUUAGGCACUUAAAAUAUUACUUUGUUAAAAAAUAUUUUUUCUGUUUAUUUUCCAUCUGUCCAUUCAUUUCCCCUCUUCCCCAAACCUCUCAUCUUAGAGAAACCUAAACCAUGUGCUCUUUAGCUGCUCAAGGACAAGUCCAAAGAUCCACAGAUUCCCCCUCAUCAGGGCCUAACCUGUUGCCUAUAGAAAUGUAUUUCACAGACCUCUUGGGUCUCACUCUCUGUGGAGGUCUGGAGGUGGCCAGGGCUGGAGUGGUGGAAAAUAAUGCUGCUCCUUCUCCAGGACACUGGACUUAGCUAGUCAGGACUCUCAGGAAACUUCACUCUUGCCCCGGCCCGCGGGGUCAGUAAUUGGCAGAGCUCGAGAAGGGGAAGUACCUGGAAAUGAGACAAGAGGGGCGCGGAAAGAAGG